AUUUGUCCUGUCGUUCGAAGCUCGCUGGUUUGAACGAAAAACUGACCAUUUUGGAGAGAAAAAUCGACUAUUUGGAGGCUUGCGUAACAAAAGGUGAAACUCUUACAUGAGAAUGACAGUAAUUUUUAGUUGGUUUUUAUUAUUUUAAAUAUUCAACCUGUGAAAUAAGACUUAAUCAUGUCAUUUCUGUGCAAACAACUCUUCAAAAACAAAAAUAUAAAUAAAUGUUCAACCAGAAGCCUCUUCCACUGGAUCAACAUUCAAUUCAAUGCAGUAGAUGAAGACCGUAGAAAGGAUUUCGGACCUGACCGCACUUGUGCCGAGUGGAUUCUCCGAAACGGUGGUUCGGUCAAGUUUACAAAGAAUGGUGCUCCCAUGGCUGACUACAAUGAACUGCCAAAUGAAGAGAUACCUCUCAAACUUGAAGAGAUCCAUGCCAUUAACUGUAGUAUUAUGAAGAAUGGAUUUAAACAUUUAGAUGGAUGUAACUAUAUUAAAAAAAUUAUUUUUCAUCAAUGUAACUAUUUGGAGGAUGAGGCUUUGAAGGAUUUAAUGUAUGUAGAAAAAACCCUUACUCAUCUACAGAUCUCCAAUUGUGGAAAUAUUACUGAAAAAGGCCUAUUGUAUGUGCAUUCUUUGAGGAAUUUGAAGGAGUUCCUUUUCUAUGAUUUGCCUGGCGUAAAAGAUAAAGAUAAACUUGUACAAGCUUUGAAAAGUAACCUCCCACAGACACAUAUCUCCUUCAAAUAGUUUGGAAAAUUCCCAAUAAAUUAUUGUGAUUUGUUCUAUGUAUGUUUGGGUAUAGACUAUUAAAAUGAAAUUUCAAGUAUAUAUCUUUCUGUAAUUCAUUUGCUGCAUUAUUUAUUAUUUUUUGACAGGGUUGUUGAAUACUAUGCUAUUAAUAUUUGUAGUGAUUUUAUAUAUUGUACAAAAUGAAAUAUAAUUGUAAAAAAAUAA